CGCCCCCCCCCUCCCUCUCUGUCAUUGCUGUCCCCGUCUGAUGACGUAGCCAGGUCGCUGUUUAGCAUGGCGGCUAUCUGCUAAUUGAAAGAACAAUGUGGGUUUUAUAGCUGCAAGAACAGUCAUAGUUUUGCGAAAAAAGUCCGAAGAUAUUUCUUUCAGAAUGAACAAUAGAACAUCGUAUUUUUAUGACCCAGACGUGGGCAACUUUCAUUAUGGUGCCGGCCACCCCAUGAAGCCUCACCGUCUGUCUCUGACUCACAGUCUGGUGUUGCAUUAUGGACUCUACAAGAAAAUGAUGGUGUUCAAACCAUACAAAGCGUCUCAGCACGACAUGUGUCGGUUCCACUCUGAAGACUACAUAGACUUCCUACAGAAGGUCAGCCCCAAUAACAUGCAGGGCUUCACUAAGAGCCUCAACACAUUCAAUGUUGGAGAUGACUGUCCUGUGUUUCCAGGUCUUUUCGAGUUUUGCUCGAGAUACACAGGAGCCUCCUUACAGGGAGCAACACAGCUCAACCACAAGAUCUGUGACAUUGCCAUCAACUGGGCCGGAGGUUUGCAUCAUGCCAAGAAAUUUGAGGCGUCUGGGUUUUGUUACGUCAAUGACAUCGUCAUCAGUAUACUGGAGCUACUCAAAUACCAUCCUAGGGUUCUGUACAUAGACAUAGACAUUCACCAUGGUGACGGUGUACAGGAAGCCUUUUACCUGACUGACCGCGUCAUGACUGUGUCCUUCCACAAAUAUGGGAACUACUUUUUUCCAGGAACAGGUGACAUGUAUGAGGUGGGAGCAGAGAGCGGCCGGUACUACUGCCUCAAUGUUCCUCUCAGAGACGGCAUCGAUGACCAGAGCUACAGGCAGCUGUUCCAGCCGGUUAUUAAACAGGUGGUGGAUUUCUACCAGCCCACCUGCAUCGUCCUACAGUGUGGAGCAGAUUCUCUGGGCUGCGACAGACUGGGCUGCUUCAACCUCAGUAUACGAGGACAUGGUGAGUGUGUGGAGUUUGUAAAGAGUUUCAAGAUUCCUCUGUUGGUGCUGGGAGGAGGAGGGUACACAGUGAGGAACGUGGCCCGCUGCUGGACCUUUGAGACAUCUCUGUUAUUGGAUGAAUCCAUCAGUGAUGAGCUGCCUUAUAGCGAGUAUUUUGAGUACUUUGCUCCAGACUUCACACUGCAUCCUGAUGUCAGCACCAGGAUAGAAAACCAGAACUCCAGACAGUACUUGGAGCAGAUCCGUCAGACGGUGUUCGAGAACUUGAAGAUGUUGAACCACGCACCCAGCGUUCAGAUCCACGACGUUCCCUCCGACAUGCUGAGCUACGAACGCACUGACGAGCCCGACCCUGACGAGAGGGGGGGCGAGGAAAACUACACCAGGCCGGAGGCCGCCAAUGAGUUCUACGAUGGUGACCACGACAACGACAAAGAGAGUGAUGUAGAAAUUUGACCAAAGAGGAUGAAAGGAGUGGAGCUUUUUCUUUGCAGCAUUCGGUUUCAUCGUCUCCAAACAUCACAUCAUCACUGCAGAUUUAACAGAAAAUCAAACAUUUCUGGAAGGACUGAAAAGACUCCCAAGCUCUGCUCUUUUACUCAGUAGGUUCUUUUUCUAAAAGUCCUCAUUCAGCUGCCUUUCACACUGACAUCAUGGUUGUUCCACCACUGUAACUCACAUGAACAGACGCGAUGUCAGCACCGGAGCCUUGUACAUAAUGUCAGUGAGUACACCUCCACACACAGCAGUAUUCCAAUUUUUUAUUUUAUUUCACAAAUAUUGUGAGCCCAAAUUACACAUACUUUAGUAAUACUGUACACUCAAACAUACAUACAGUGUAAUGUAAAAGAUUACAGAUGUGAUGUUCCUUAUUGUUUUGAAUUUAUAAAGAAACAGCAUAUUUUCUAUAUGUGCACAUGAAGUCAUACAUCCAGAUUUUGAUCAUUCUUUUUCUUUAAUUUUUUUUUUUUUUACUUGUAAUCUUGUUUGCGUUAUUUUGAUUUAAUUGACUUUUGAAAGAAGAAAAUUUAAUCUGCAACAAAUUUUCCAAGUAUUUUAAUCAACUGAAUUGAACUUGUAAGCAGCAAUUUGUUUGGAUUUAGGACACAGCCUAAUCAAUGUAUGUUUUCCCACACCUGAAGUAGACUAAAGAACAACUCUUUUGCGCAUUACAAAUGUUAACCCCCUGAGAUUUAAGAGCAGUUAAUUUGGAGGCCUGUGUGACAGAGUUCAGUGUACAUGUGAAGGCACUCAUUGAAAAAACACUUAAAAAUCACCCACCGGGUGUCAUGGAAAGACGCGAGGAGUUAUUUCAUCUUACAAGACAUGCGAGAAGCUGUUCGAGUGCCUGCCAUGAUACAUUAGUCACACAUUAGCCAGUUCAGAUUUUUAAAACCACGCUUUAACUAUUUUAGACCGAAUCAACCACUAUUUUAGUUCCUCACUUUUCUUAUUUUACAGUCCCCGUGUAGCUGAAUUCUGUUUAAAUCCUCCCAGCAUUAUUCAUGUGCCUUACAGCUCUGACAAGUCAAGAAUUGGUGUAGAGCUGGGCACUUUCAUAUCAACUUCCCAUCUAACUCGACAUUAAUUUGAAUUUCUUCAAGGGAACAUCUGUAAAUGAGGCAACUGGACUUGAGCUGAUCCAUUAUUCUCCUGUCUUUUCAUUCCUUUCUCUUUUCUCCUGGAUUCUCUGCUCAUUACUGUAUAUAUACACGUAUAAAUGUAUGAACUGUGAGUGUGUUCAUAAUGUAGAAGAGGACAACUGUGGUGAUGACUGGUAGUUUUGUUGUAAACAUUUUGUACUGAAGCAGGAAGUUGGUUCAGUGAUCAGAGUGCUGACAUUCACUGAACUUCACUGUGUAACUUAAUUAAAACGGGCUCAUUACUAACGCUUUACUAAAGUGGGCUCAGGUGUAUUUUAGUGGUAAUAAAACUGUUUGAAUUCACAGUAGAUAUAUGUUCUACCAUCUGCCACCUCCAGACCUCUUUUAGCCUGAAACAGGGUUUGUGAUUUUUGAUAUUGUCUACUUUUUAAUAAAAAUAAAUUGAAUCCAA